AUGCCUGUUAUCGAUGGCGAGAAAUGGGCUUGCUCGUCCUGCAUCAAGGGCCACCGUGUGAGCGGUUGCAACCACACUGAUCGGGAUCUCCACCACAUCAACCCCAAGGGUCGUCCUGUCAAGCAAUGCGAGCACUGUCGCGGUGCGCGCAAGUCCAAGUCUCAUCACGCCAAGUGUGAUUGUGGCGACAAGAAGGACAAGGACUUGCACAAAGACAAAGGCGACGCGAAGACUCAUGACAACCGCUGCCAGUGCCAUUCCGGCGGCAAGUGCUUGUGUGGCACCAAGAAGGAAGAGAUCGAUCUCAAGAUCGACACUACCCGGCAGACGCUCCACGAUGCUCGCGCGAAACCCAAGUUGACUGCGACGCACUCGGAGAGUCACUUGACCGUCUUCGCAAACGGCCACCACAAGCCUUGUCAUCGCAACAACAAUUCGGCCCACGUCUCUGGCCUUCCGUACAAGAUUCCUCGUCCGCAUACGCUCCACGGCCAUGCCGCCUUUUCUGCUCUCUCGCAAGAGAAGAGUGCCCGCAGCAAGCCAGAACCGACCGCUACACGCUCCAUGGACACGCUUUCGCUAUCGAACAACGACUUCCACACCAUGUUCGGCUCUACACAGCGCUGUGCCGACAAGUCGCCGACUCCCAACGUCGGCGGUAGCCUCGACACAUUCGGUUUCAACGAGAUGUUCAGCAGUCAGCCCGGCGUCUUUCAACAAGACGGCGAGUCUCCCAACAGCAACGUUAGCGACACGUUCUCGAAUCAGUGGCCAUGGAUAGCCAACAGUGUAACACCCGUGAACAGUACGUUCGGUCUGGGCAGCCUGUCCACUUCGCCAUCGCAAGAUUGCCUUCCAAACAUGGAUAGCGACUGGUUGACAGCAUCUGCUGGGUUCGACCACGUCUGGUCUGCUACUGAUCUCCCGCUGGACCCUAGCAAGUUCAACGACGACUUGGCGCAGCCGAUCUCACACAGCGGAGAGUCUAAAUUGAGCGGUCCCGGCCUUACUGUAGCGUCGUCUGCGCACUCGGAAAUUGGAGAGCCAGCUCUCUUCGGUGACUUGGACUUCAAAGCCCCUCAGUCGGCUGCCAGCGAGUCGCUCUUCUGGGAAGAUACCCCUGCGUAUCGCUUUAGCACUGCCGUACCGAGUGAAUCCGUCAACGCGCCCAUGCCAAUGGCCACUACGGCACCCAUGCCGAACAUGCUUGGCUUCGAUCCUAUCUACGCCAAGAGCAUGACUGCUGCGCCAGCAACUAUGACGAGUACCGCCUCGCCUGACUUUGCCGACACAGCCGCCCUCUCGAUGCCUAGCAAUUUCGAAGAUGUUGUUCCCAUGGACCCAUGGCCUAUAGAUCAGACCAACGGUGCUUUCAACGCGAUGAACAACUUUGAUCUAUCUUAUACCAACAGUGGUUGGUUUUAG